AUGCUUUCAAUUCUUCUAGGAAUCGCCCUUGCCAUUGUUGGCCUCUUGGUGCACGAGUACCGGCGCGAUAGAGGUCUCCCUCCCGGUCCACCACGUCUACCUCUGAUCGGGAACCUCCAUCAAGCCCCCAGCGAAGUGCCAUGGCGGCAGUACACGGAAUGGACCCGAAAAUACGGUCCCAUCUACCGUCUCCAGUACGGUCUGUCGACGGUCAUCAUGCUGGGCACCCACGAAGCCGCACACGAUCUGUUGGACAAGCGCAGCAGCAUCUACAGCUCGCGGCCGCGACUCGUCAUGGCAGGCGAAUGCACGACAAAGGGCAUGCACGUGCUGUUGAUGCCCUACGGCCAACAAUGGCGCACGCACCAAAGAAUGCAGGCGUCUUGUCUCAACAUCCGCGUGUCCCAGUCGUACCAACCGCUUCAAGACCUCGAGAGCAAACAGUUGAUCUAUGAGUUGUUGUCAUCCAACGACUUUGCCUCGCGCUACCACCGCUACACGUCCAGUCUCAUGUACGCCCUGGCCUACGGCCGACGCUGCCACCGAGGCGAUGAACCGGAGAUCCAAGGAGCCGAUCAAGUCAACGCGAACUUCCUGUAUGCCGGGCGCGUGGGAACGUGGAUCGUCGAUGCACUGCCCGCCUUGAACAGACUCCCCAAAGCGCUGGCACCGUGGAAGAAGCAAGCCGAGCGCUUUUACAACCUGGAAUCACGCCUGCAUACGGAGAACAUGAAGAACGGCCUUGCCACGCCAUCGUGGAACAUGACCAAGCAGAUCAAUUCCAUGAAAGAGGCCCAGACGAUGCGCCCGCUCGAAGUGGCUUAUGACAUUGGCAUUAUUUAUGAAGCCGGCAUCGACACCACCAACAUCGCCCUCGAAGUCUUCACCCUAGCGGCGGUGCUGAAUCCGGAUUUCGUGCAGACGGCACAGGAGCAGCUCGAUGAAGUCGUCGGUCCUGACCGUCUGCCUACGUUUGAGGACAAGCCACGAUUGCCUUACAUUGACGCCGUGGUCAAGGAGGUACUCCGCUGGCGCCCUGUCAGUGCAGGCGGGAUCCCGCACGCCGCGACAGAAGACGACGAAUACCUCGGCUACCGCAUUCCGAAAGGGGCCACGGUCAUCGGAAAUCACUGGUCGGUCCACCUCGAUGACAAAGUGUUUCCGGAGCCCAUGAAGUUCCGUCCGCAACGGUGGCUGGAGAGCCCAGAUCUACCGUUGCACGCUUUCGGCUUUGGUCGUCGCGUCUGUACCGGACAGCACGUAUCGGCGAAUUCAAUGUUCAUCAUCAUUGCUCGAUUGCUGUGGGCGUUCGAGUUCCACCGAGCGGUAGACGACAAGGGUCAGUUGUUCCCGAUCGACGACAUGGCUUUCACGUCUGGGUUCAAUUCGCGCCCGAAACCGUUCAGAAUGGGCUUUGUGCCUCGGACGGCAAAGGCCAAAGCCGUCGUGGAGCGAGAGUGGAAGCUGGCCGAUAAGGACAUCGACGUGAUCAUGGACCGAAUGCGCGGAAGGCAAGUCGGCGCUGGCAAGUAGCAGGAAGGGCGAGCAAGAGCCCCGGCCUGGGAUUCGUAUGCUUGGACUUGAGGGGCCGGAGCGGGCGGCCGUAAGACGUGGUCUGGCAUAGCCGUCGUCGCCUGCGUUGGUGAACGAAAUGUGAGAGCAAAACUGCCCUCAUAGAUGUGUGAUCAGUGGCAGGUUUAAGCGUAAG